AGAAAUAUGUCAGCUUCUAUUUCUUUGCAAAGAGAAACAUCUAUUGCAUAUUUUGGUUCUCCUGGUUCUUAUACACAUCAGGCUGCCCAUGAGAAAUUUGGCGAUAGUGUACUUUAUUAUCCACAAGCAACAGUAAAUGAUGUCUUUGAUUCUGUGGAAAAAAGCAAUACGACUUACGGUAUUGUUCCCUUUGAAAAUUCGACUUAUGGGUCUGUAGUUGCCACACUGGAUAAUUUUAUUUCAUCAAAAGUUCAAAUUUUUGCAGAAACCUAUCUAAAAGCUUUUGGGCAAUGCCAAAAAUGGCUUGAUACCCAUCUUAAAGGUGUGCAACGAAUUGAUACAUUUUCUACAAGUAAAGCGGCAGAAUUAGCGAUAGUAGAACCUGCUUCAGCUUCCAUAUCUAAUUCGAUAUGUGCUGAUUUGUAUGGGUUAAAUAUAUUGGCAAAGGAUAUUCAGGAUAAAAAAGAUAAUACCACAGGUUUCUUUAUCCUAAGUGCCAGCUCAGGCAAACCAACUAAGAAUGAUAAAACUUUUCUUUUGUUUACUGUGGAUCAUCGAAAACCUGGUGCUUUAUGUGACAGCUUAAAGAUCUUUAAGAAUAAUAAUAUCAAUUUAACAAAAGUUGAUUCAAGACCUUCAUUACAAAGACCUUGGCAUUAUGUGUUUUUUGUUGAACUACAAGGUCAUAAAGAUGAUGAUGUUGUAAAAAAAUCUUUAGAAGAGUUGAAAGAAUUUUGUUUAGACUUAAAAGUGUUGGGAAGUUAUCAAAACCAACUGCAAGUUUAG